AUGCUCGUCGAAACACGGACCCACCCGAGACCCCCAGAGCUGGCGCCAGAUCCAUCAGUAACUCGUGUAAUCCAUGAAAGACCUAUAUUCGCAAAUCCUGAGGGAGAUCCCUUUGAUGAUCCCCUUUAUCAACAAUAUAUUGAACGAAGCGAGAUGGGCGACGACGUCUUCGACCUUUCCACAUAUCCAUCACCUCGUCCCGCUUUUCAUACGCUCAAUUCGUAUCCUCAAAUGUCAUCAGCUCCCACUCUGCGAUGGUCGGAAGGGAUCUCUCAUCCCAAUGCCUCUCAAAUGGGCGUGUCGGCUGCUUCAUCUCUCGUUUGUCCCCUUUCUUCUCCAUCUCCAUUCCCUCUUCAACUCCAAUCCCUUCCCUCACCGACUCCUUCAUCAAUACCAUCAAUUCCAUCAAUUCAUUCACAACGAGACGAGCCUGUUCGUCGAUCUGUUCCCCCACCAAAUCAUCGAGCGAUGGCCAAUCGAAGACACACUGUAUGGUUUGUGCCUGGAUCAAGACGGCAAGGAUAUCUCUACUUCAAUCUCUUCAACUCAUUGCAUCACAUCGAAUCUCAAUCAUCGAAA